ACGCACUUGGUGCAUGAGCAUGAGUGCAUAGGCCAUAGUAGAAAAAGAAGAAUUAAAAAGGAAAAGAAAAUUGUAGUGACAUAUUUAAAUUGUGAAAUUGGUAGAAGAAAGAGUGAAGAUAAAGAUAAACCAAUACCUCAGCGCCUGUUUCGCCCACGAACAAGCCAUUCAUUCAAUUCAGUGCUUCCAAACUAAACGAAACUCUUGUGCGGUUUCCCCUCUUUGUCUUCCACCGCUUUUUUAUUUUUAUUUAUCAGUAAUAAUGGAAGUUGUGGUGGCCAAAGCGUUGAAACCAAGCUUGAGGGGAGAGCUUAUUUUCCAGCCACCACUUGCACUCGGCGACGAGUUUUUGUGCUUCAACGCCGUCAACAACGGCGCCGCCGUUGGCGAAGAUUUCUCCGUCGACGACCUCCUUGACUUCUCCGAAUUCCAACAUGGUUCUGUAGGAAAAGGAAUCGAUGUUUCCGAAGAAGAAGAAGACGAAGAAGACGAAGAAAAAGACAGCACCUCGGGAAGUUCCUCACAGGACCGUACAGAAAACGACACCAACUCCAAUUCCUCCAACGCCGCCGUAGACUCCGACUCCAUUUUCGCCGGCGAAUUGUCCGUUCCGGACGAUGAUUUGGCGGACCUGGAAUGGGUUUCUCACUUUGUGGAUGAUUCAAUACCGGAGCUCUCUCUCUUGUACCCUGUACGUUCUGAACAAACAAGGGCCCGGGCUCAACCUGAACCUAAAACGGGCUCAGCUGUAACUUCUCUUCCCCAUGGAGUCCCUGUUAAGCCCAGGACCACGAGGACAAGGAAGCCCAACGGCCGCUUAUUAUGGUCCUUUGGCAACCUGUUCUCGCCUCCCUCUUCGCCGUCCUCGUGCUCCUCCUCUGUGCUUUCCUCGACGGCGGCGCCUCUCGUUUUGCAUGGGGAGCCGCCGGCGAAGAAGCAGAAGAGAAAGCCCGAGGAGCAAACCUGUGGGCUCCAGUUUCAGCGACGGUGCAGUCAUUGCCAAGUUCAGAAAACGCCGCAGUGGAGAACAGGCCCUAUGGGCCCCAAAACACUCUGCAACGCCUGCGGAGUCCGGUACAAGUCGGGCCGGCUUUUCCCGGAGUACAGGCCCGCAUGCAGCCCGACGUUCUCAGGUGAUAUUCACUCAAAUAGCCACCGUAAGGUGUUAGAGAUGAGGCGUAGGAAGGAGAUGUCUGGGCCGGAGCCCAGUCCAGACCGGGCCUUCAUGCUUCCGAGCUGCUGAAUUUUCAGAGUAGGAAAAAAGGCAUAGACUAGAAGAAAGAAGAAUAGGUAUACGUCAAUGAACCGGUGUGUGAACCCGGUUCGGGUUUUUGUAACAUAUAGUGGAUUUUAAUUUUAGUGCUAGUCAGCUGUCUAGGCAGGUAACGGACAUUAGGAAGGCAUUGAUUGUUUUGUAUCCCAUUUCCUUAGCGCCAGUUGAUUAAUUGUUUUUAAUUAAUCUAAUUAAAUCAUUAGUACAA